CCAUCGCUGAGGUUGGAGGAGUGCCGUUUGAGAUCCUGGAGCCGGUGCUGGAGCGAGGCACUCCGGAGCAGCUGUACCGCAUCGAGCAGAGCAACCAGUGGUUUACGGAGGAAUCUGACGAGCUGUGGAUGCGUCACUGUCAGCGGGACUUUAAGCGCGAGUCUCCUCAGGAGUACGAGUCGUGGAGGGAGAUGUACCUGAGGCUGCAUGACGAGCGUGAGGAGCGCCUCAGGAUGCUCACCCAGAACAUCUCCUCCGCCCACGCCAACAAGCCAAAAGGGCGGCAGGUAAAGAUGGCGUUUGUGAAUUCUGUGGCCAAGCCGCCGCGUGACGUCCGUCGCCGCCAGGAGAAGUUCGGCACCAUCAGCGGUUCUUCAGCCUCCUCCACCUCAGCGGCCGCUCCCAUAAAGUCAGUAUCGUAUUUUUCAUUCGGGUUUAUGACAUUGGUGUUGAGAUAGAAUAAGAUACAGAUGCAUC